AAUUUAAAGAAUAUCUGGAAAGCGUUAAAGUCAUAAACGCUGAAAAGUAACGGACACCUGCAACACACCGGGACGAGCAACAACCGACCGUCCCGUCAGGAGGUCGCCGACCGACGGCCCGUCCUGCCCGGAACGGCUGCGCGGCCCUGAACGCACCUGUCAGCCGAUCAAUCAAUACCCGGAUCGAUUGAAGUGACGAUACGGACGGCUGCUGUGGAUCGAUACCGGCGCGUGGCCUGCUGUGUGAUCAGAUGCACCGUAGCAGCGGAUGAUGUCAGCGCGUGAAACUCCGGACCUUCCUCACGAGCUGAUCAAUAACUUAUCAGGUCCCGUGUAGACCCGUGCUCGCCGUGCGGCCCGUCCCGCUCAGGAUGCUGCCGGCGUCCAUCCAGAUCAGCGGCGAGCUGCUGUCGGCGGCCGAGGUGCAGGACAUCUGCGAGAGCCUGAAGGAGGACAGCGUGCGGCUGCUGUCGGUGCGCGGCUGCCAGCUCUCCGACAGAGACUUCGGCCGCGUGUGUCGCGGCGUCGCCGAGUCACGCUCGCUCGCUCAGCUCAACCUCAACCUGGGCGUGGUCUCCAGCAUCAGCCGCACCCGCCACCUGGCCGACGCCCUGAAGACCAACCGCUCCCUGCAGACCCUGUUUCUGCACGGCAGUCCUCUGCUGGACGCCGGCCUGGUGGCGUUGAACACGGCCCUGUCCACCCACCCAGCGCUGGUCUGUCUGGAUCUGGGCGACUGCAUGCUGGGCGACGAGGCGCUGGGUCUGAUCUGCGGGAUGCUCCCCCCCGACGGAGCCAAGUCAGGCCUCAGGGAGCUGACGCUGAGCGCCAACCCAGGGAUCAGCUCUAAGGGCUGGGCUCGCCUCGCCAUCGCCGUGGCUCACAGCUCGCAGCUCCGCGUGCUCAACCUGGACUACAACCCGCUGGGGGAUCAGAUUGCAGGGAUGCUGGCGGUUGCCGUGGCGUCCAGCCGGACGCUGGAGGUGCUGGACCUGGAGGGAACCGGACUGACCAACCAGUCGGCUCAGGUGUUCCUGGACAUGGUGGAGAACUACCCCACCAGCCUGCGGGUUCUGGUUCUGGCCGAGAACGCCAUCAGCCCCGAGCUGCAGCAGCAGAUCUGCGACCUGCUGUCCGAGGGCGAGGAGGAGGACGACAAGGAGGCCCCGCCCCUCCAGCCCGGCCCCGCCUCCAGCAGUGCCCUACUGCCAAUCAGGGACAAGCAUCAGCCCCCGGCCUGGCUCCCCCACAGCACUUCCAGCCCCCAGAUGGUCUUGCUGACAUCAGGUCUAGGUGAGAGCUUAUUGGCUGAGACUGAGAUGUGAGCCCCUCCCACAAACACACCCACUUCCUGUAAAUCUUCACUUUUUGGUUUGAGUUGUGCUAGUUUGACCUCAGAUUGGUUUGUUUUCCUGCACUGCACUUAGCUAACGUGCAACCAAUCACGUGCUCUGCAUGGUGUGAUGUAAGCACCUGUAAAUAGACUAGAAUGGUUUGAGUGGCGGCACAAAACCUUAACACACCAAGUGACUUAUAGGCAAUAGGCAGUUGUUUGUCCCCGUGGCUGUGCAGUGUGAAUGUACGCUCUGCUGUCGCUCUGCUGUGCUGCUCUGAUGUCACAAUAAAACUGUUUACAUCUUCUUAA